UUGGAAAGUCGUUAUUUUACGGAUUGCUAAGAAAUGAAAUUCGCAAAAAGUGGAGCAAGAAAUAACAUACAGAUUAAGUGUAUAUUUGUUUGUGAAAUAAAGGGAAUCGGUGUCCAUUAUAGAGGAUGUCCGCCCAUGGCAACAGGAAGUGUCUCGUCAUGCCCGAUUUUUAUUGACCGUUUCAGUGCUGUGUAUUUUAUGGGACCACACGAUACGAUACACAGCCAGUCAACAUUGAUGAGGGUGCCUUUAACAGACGUAGCUACGUGGAUCUACCCAUGGAUAUACUAUAGCAGUCCUCAUCGGUGGGGAUUGGGUUCCAACUCGGAUAUACCUUGGUAGCUGUGGAGUGAUAUGUUCUUCAAGUGACAAUAAAUCAUCGCUUGGAUUUUUUUUUUCCGUCAUUUUUUUCUGUUGGCCAACAUCACCGAUUUCCUGGAAAUGAUCUGCCUUGGAACCUAUCGACACAUUUUGUGCAGGAUGGAUUGUCGGACAGGUUCAAGCUAGUCCUUUUUCUCCCCGUCCCGUCGUCCGUGUUCAGUUGUGGCUGGAACCGCACAGCGGCUUCAGUGGGUGUGUUUUUUUUCUGUUGAUUCUGUUAGCGUCGGACUCGGAGUGAACGGGACUGCUCAAAUAUGCAGACCAGCAGGAUGGAGAAAGUGGACAAUGACCCCAAGCGGAAAUCCAAGGCCAGCAGCCGGGGGUCGCAUCAAACCAGGUCCAGCAACCCCGCCAGUACUGGGGUGCUGAUGGUUGGGCCCAACUUUAGAGUUGGAAAGAAGAUUGGCUGUGGGAACUUUGGCGAGUUGAGACUAGGUAAAAAUUUAUACAACAAUGAGCAUGUGGCUAUUAAAUUGGAACCAAUGAAAUCAAGAGCACCUCAGCUCCAUCUAGAGUACAGAUUUUACAAGAUGCUGGGCCAAGCAGAAGGAAUACCGCAAGUCUACUACUUUGGGCCCUGCGGCAAAUACAAUGCAAUGGUCAUGGAGCUGAUGGGACCCAGUCUGGAGGAUCUCUUUGACAUCUGCGAUAGGCAAUUCUCGUUAAAGACAGUCCUCCUUAUAGCUAUCCAGCUGCUUCACAGAAUAGAGUAUGUACAUAGUAAGCACUUGAUCUACCGUGACAUCAAACCGGAGAACUUUCUGAUUGGCCGGCAGUCCAGCAAGAGCCAGAACACCAUUCACAUCAUCGACUUUGGCCUAGCCAAGGAGUACAUCGACCCCGAAACCAACAAGCACAUUCCCUACCGGGAGCACAAGAGCCUGACCGGCACAGCGCGCUACAUGAGCAUCAACACCCACCUGGGAAAAGAGCAAAGUCGGCGGGACGACCUGGAAGCCAUGGGUCACAUGUUCAUGUACUUCCUCAGAGGCAGCCUGCCCUGGCAGGGUCUGAAGGCCGAUACACUCAAGGAGAGAUACCAGAAAAUUGGAGACACGAAGAGGGCGACGCCUAUCGAAGUUCUAUGUGAAAACUAUGUCGAUGAGAUGGCAACCUACCUACGCUACGUCCGCAGACUGGACUUCUUUGAGACGCCCGACUACAACUACUUAAGGAAGCUCUUCCAGGACCUAUAUGACAGGAAAGGCUUCGGCCAGGAGACAGAGUUUGACUGGACGGGCAAACAGCUGACAUCACAUGUCACCACAACUGCGAGUGAAGUGUCACAGUCCAAAGAUGCCAAUCCUCAAGGGAGGGAGCGAGAGAAAGCACGCUAUGCUCAAAAGCAACCACCAACCGCACGUGCCUGGCCCGAGCAGACGGCCAAGCUAGCCCCGCCCGUGGCCAUGGCCGACCAGCGGGGUUCCGUUCAGGUCAUGAGCUCCACCAAUGGGGAGCUGGGACCGGAAGAUCGCCGGUCCGAGGUGCCCAUCGCCCCGCAGCCUGAAAUCGACUCGCCCGACGACACAAAGUGUUGCUGUUUCUUCAGGAGGAAAAAGAAGAAGAGGCCCACUUGUCGCAAAUAGCCCUCCCCCAUCCUCUUGCUACUCCCACAAUCCCUCCCAGCGUCUCCCUCUGUUCUCUCGUAGCUGCGCGCUGUUUGCUUGUGGUGCUCGACGUCCGCCCAGCAGGAUUCUGCGUACUUGUUGCUGUCAGAUCUUUUGGUGUCCCUUUUUUUUCCCGUUACCAAAAAUUCACCCUUUUUUGCCCUGUUUGCCAUUGGGUGCUUGUAUGAUUGAAUCCCUCAUUCUCUGGAAGUGCUUCAACUUGUGCCAUCUAAAGGCCGGUUAAUACUCGCUGCGUAUUCACUGUGUACACAGCGCAAAGGUCUAUUUUGAGUUGUCUGCAGUGCGUGAACGAAAGCGCAGUGCGUAAUGAAAAUGCGUGCCCUUGUACGCAGUUAUAAUGGAUAGUGCGUACGCACCAAAUGUAUGCAUAUUCGGACAAAUCGAAAUUUGUAACUUUUGUCGGAUAUUCACACGCAGCCGAGACUUGCAAAAACAUGAAAGUAUGAACGUCAACUGCUUUGUUCACAUUACACGCUGAUUGUGCAAACGCAGCAAGUAUGAACCAGCCCUAAAUCAGCAAGCGGUGCUGCUUAGAUAAUAGAAUUGAUAAGCCGAAAGGGUUUGGAUACCAGCAAAAGUUGCUGGCACAGCAAUAUGAUUUCACUGGUAACCGGGGUGCAUUGAUGGUUAGUGAUCUGUGUCACAGCUGGGCAGUGAAGCUUUGACCUGUUUGGAUCGGUAAUUGUUCAGUUUGUGCAAGAGAAGAAGACAGCAGGAGGUAUAAAUGUGUCAGCUGAUUGAGAUGUCUCAUCAUAAGAGGUGAAAGAAACUGCCUAUGACGAAAAGUUAAGGUUGAUGAAGGAAUGAUGUACAUUUUUGUUUCCCCCCGCGAGUCCACGCAUAUGAAAGACAUGUUAUUGAAGGAGAAGGAUGUGUGGAGUUUUAAAAUUCGGUGCACUGCAAGAUAAUAUUUGACGAACAUGUUUUGCAUCCAAGCACACUAGAUCUUGAGUCUGUGUUCCAGGUGCUGUUUAGAAGCUGGCUGGUCUACCGUAGUUCUCUCCCCUCACCUGAGCUUUUAAGGGUCAUGAUUGGUCACACAAUAUUCACCUUGAUCUAUAGUAUGUUACUCCCUGAAAAUCCAGCAGGCCCAUUCUGUUUAAUAAUAAAUAUUAGAGCUUAAAUUGCAACCCGGCACCCACUUCAGUAACUUUCAGAGGAGAGAGUGCAAGGAUUUUUCAAAAUGUGUUGGUAUUUGUUUUGCACUCAAACCGCAGAUAGCAAAGCAACAAUAGCUAAAAAAAAAUGGGGGAGGGGAAUGUAGAGGUGCUGAGUCCUGUACUUGCACUUGAAUGUCUUUACCUGUCCCGGGUCAGAGUCCUGUGUUUAAGAGAGUUUUACGUUGCGUUGCGUUUCCAUUCACUGGAUGUUCAUGUUUUAAAACAUUAGAAUAAGGUAGGAGUUCAAAGAAAAAAAAGGGAAAAUGGAACAUGGGAGUGGUCAUGAGUGAAAAAAAUUUAGGUUUAAGCAAAAAGUUUCGUGAAAAAUGGGGAAUCGUUUCUUUGAAGUUAUCUUUCACUGUGUGCAUUAAUUGGCCUUCGUGGUUUGUUGGCAUGUUUGUACAAUGUAAUUAAGCCCAAGCGUCAAGUGACAUCUGAUCGUAGCCUUCUUUUGUCUUUAAAGUGUAAUAUUUUUGCAAUCUCUGUGAAAUCAUGGAGUGUGCCCUCCGAGGUUUGUCACACACACAUGUGGCAUCAGAACACCAACCCGUUCAGAUCAAACUCGCAGAAUAGAUCCCGUCCCCUGAGGUGGCUAGCCAGUCAAUCAUGGAUAUCAGCCUGUUUUUGUUUUAUUCCAUUUGCCAGAAACAGUUUCGUAGUAAUUAUUGCAUUUUACUUAAUUUCUUCUUUACUUUUUAUUACAUGUCUGCUGCACAUCUUACUCGCAUCGUCAAUCUGCUUCAUGCCACCAAACAAAAUGCACACUAUUGAUUUUUAUGUUCUCGAGAGGGCUGCAGAUAGCAUGUACUGCACCACCUUGCAACUGUACAUGUCAGCCCAUCACAGCAGCCAAACUGGCAGCAGUGCACUCCCAGCUCAGAUCAGACUUUGACCGUUAAUCAUUCGGCAAAGGUGCAUUGAUCGGUGCUUUUGUUUUAUGUAAAUCUGAGUGAAUAUUGUUAUCCGCGGAGGUCCUUCCUUCCUGCAACAGGAAUGAUUUUAUUUGAUUUGGAAAAUCAAUAUUGUCAAACAGUAACACACUAGAAUUGGAGAUGACUGUGAAUGAGCUUUGAAUCAAGUGUUCGUUGCUCUGCAGCUACCCAUCAAUCACAGUCCUUCAACAAUAAGCACUUGUUACUCUUAAUUCCAGUGUGUAACUCCAGCUUCACUUCUUGCAUGUACCUAGACUCGUUGCCCUGAUUUGUAGUUGAAGUCAUAGAAACAUUUCAACUGGCUGCUCCAUACUGUCCUUAUCUCCACUCCCAUGAUCCUCACCCUUCCACCCAUCCCUGCCCCUGCAGCUCUAUUUCACCCCUUUAUUCAAGAAAUAAAACUGCACCAUCUUUGCAAAGUUGUGCAAAGGGUUACAUGCAUGUGUUAAUGCUUAAAGGGCUUUUUAUUUAAAUGAGUGAAAUGUGGCCAAAUGGGCUCUUUUGGAAGUCAGGUCUUGUCUUGUAGCGGUGUGAAGAGGAAUUGCACAGACAGGUCAAAGACACUUAAAAUCUGCACUCCCCCCUUCCCUGUCCCUCCAUUCCCCUCCACCCACUUGUUCUCCUGACUUGCACAAAUGCAUGUCAGAUUCCCUAUUUAAACCAUGUACAAAGGAUCUACCUCACCUCGACCCCGCCCACCAGACCCUUGACCACGCCUAGUUUGCGUAACUUUUUUCUAUGGACUUGAGUGAGUUGAAACAGGAGUUAUGAAUCUCAUUUUUUAUACCCAGUGACAGAAAGGAAGAAGUGUUGAUGUUGGUUGUUAUACUUUGUAGAAAUAAAUAAGAAAAAAAAAGCCCUGCUUUGAAUUUUUUUUUACUACUGUACUCCGGGAACCCUUGUGACUUUCAUAUUGGCAGUGGUGAGUAAAACAAUCAUAGCGAGUCAGGACAGAGUAACUGUAAGAAAAAACACUGGUGAACUUUUCUUCCGGGGAAAAUGUAAUGGUGGACUUGUGCAAAUAGCGUAGUAAUAUAUUCUGGCUUGAUGUCGGCAUUCUUAUAAUGUGCUUGGGUCCUUGUUGAUUUCCUGUCUCAGUGUGCGUUUAGAGAUUCUGUAUUGAAAAAUGGUUUGUUUUUUAUUUGUUUUGUUUUGUUGUUUUUUUGUGAUGUGGUUCACUGAAAAAGCGCAAGUGCAGUACACUCGAUGCCAUUUUGAUGUCUGUCAUGUUAUUUCCUCAUCUUCCCUGUCCACUCUGAGCCAUAAUGUAGCCCAAGUAUGAAAGGCUAUGAAAAGCAUCAAAUCUUGUCUCUGAUAAUUUUUUCCCAUUGUUUCCCAUUGUUGAAAUAAUUUUUGUUGUGUACCUUUCAAGUUUUGCUGCAAUUAACCUGUGAACUGAGAAACAAAUAGCUAUUUUUGUUUUGAAAAUGAAGUAAAAAAUCAGAAACUAUAAGUCUGCAUGGUAUUGAGCUGUCUUAAGGCUGUGGCUUAGAUUUUGCCAUUAGUUAAAUUACAGUGAACAGCUGUAGCCACAGGGACAGUGCCUGUUUCCAACACGGCUUGCAGCAGUGUGCCCAAACUCACAUAUGCUCACCAGAUAUUGUACGCAGUACAGAUGGUCAGUCUUGUCACAGUCAAAAUGUGAGCACACUGGGCUUUGUUCCUGUUACAUUUCCACUUUUUCUUUGAAUCGUUGGGAAAAGUUUAUUUGCAGGGCACAACUGAUAAUCAAGCUUUCAAAAAAAAACUUUGGUGGAAAAACCUGUUAAUCACCCUGUAGAUAAUAAAACAGGUACAUGAAGCUUGUCAUGACUUGGUGACUUCAUGUAUCUUGCCUGCUUACAAAGUGAGGCCAUUUGGGGCCAGUUCUUGCUCAUGAUUUCAACACAGGAAUAAAUCUGCAUGGCACUAUACCCACGACAAUUUUCUCGUGGCAGCUUUUGUUUCAAAGCAUUCUUCGACAAUCGACGCCUUGCCUGCAUCAUUGAUUAAGUAUUGUUCCGACCCCAUUGCAAAGUUUCCCCCAUCUUUAAGUUUUGUGUGUCGUAGUUUCCUGAAGAAUUGUUUUCUCUUUUUUAGUAUGAAAUAGUUGAAAGAGAUGGCAAUUUCCCCUGUAUAUUUUUGUUGAUGAGAAGCAUUUCUGUAGGUCAUCCGGAGUUUUUGUUUUAAAGUAUUGUACAUGUCAAGUGUUUGCCAAGUCAUUGCACCUAUUCUCAACUACACUUUUCACUUUGCAUUGGCUUUAGAAAGUAUUUUUACUGAAAAGCAGAAAUCAAUUUACACUCGGUCUAUGUCUGUGUUUACGAUUAAAAGUAAUUGUGUCCACAGAUUAAUUUGUAAAAAAAGAUACAAAAAUGAAUCUUUGUUUUAAAGUAAAGGAACUAAGACGUGAUUUUUGUUUCUCUGUUGACUGUAUAAAUAGCUGUAAGUUAAACAUAGCGGGAGUAUGCUCUCCACAAAUUGCUCCCUUUGUUAAUAAAAAAACACGGAAAUCUUUCUACUUGUAAAUAUAACCUACAAAGAUUGUAAGUACCUGGUUGCACAUGUAAUGAAUUCAUUGCCACAGUGGUACCUCUCAAGGAGUGAGAAAUGGCAGUUUUUCUGAAAGGGAAGGAUGCUAAACGAGCUUGAACUGUCGCAGUUUAGAGGCGUUGUAGUUGGAGGUAUACUUCGCUCUGUCAGUUUGUUCUCAAGAAAAUAAUGUAGAUCACCGGCAGAUUUAUGAUAUCCCCAGGAGGAGGGACUGUCUGCCUGAGAUGUUCAAAAACCUGCAGUGAUUCAGGUUUGAUUACAUGUAGUUGAUGCUCAGGAUACCGGUGGACUGAUCCCGGCUUCUCAAGCAUUUUAAGCCUGAGCACUUGAGAACUUUUGGUGACCAAAGAGCCGGUUGUGGAAUAAUCCGCAGCCCAAGGCUCAGUCGAGGCAACAUACUUUAAUUUAGUUUAGGAUGGGGGGUGUGAUUUUUGUACUUUCCGAAGAAAGUGGCUUGGGUGCGAAUGUUUUGAUCAACAUAUGUUCUGGAUUACAUUAUCUGGUGCAUUAAAGGAUGAUUUGAUUUGGUACAGAUGUUAUGUACCGUAGUGUGCAGUGAAGGUGCCCUGUAGUGGAAAUGAAAAAAUUGUUCAAAAAGAAAAACCGGGGGACAAAAAGAAACAAAUGGGACAAGAAGUUCCAUUUUACAGAAGUUAGUUAGUUUUUGGCAAUGAGAGUUAACGUGAGGUUAAAAAUAUAGCAUUCAAAUUAUUUGGCUGUUGAUAGAUUCUAUGAAGUUGUCCAAUGUGAUUUAGUUUGACAUUUCACUGGUGUAAUGAAGAUCUCCUUUUUUUUGGUGCAGUUUUGCAAGUAGUGCUGUAUUCUUACCCAGAACAUGAAUAAUGUCUUCUUUUUUUUUAAUCAGUGCUAUAUUUUUAACCUGGCAUAUAUAGAUGUGAUUAAGACAGCUUAUUUCCACAAAGAAAAUUCUCACUUUGAUGAAAAUCCUGUUCAUAGCGAGUAAUUAAACAACAUCUGUGGUUUAUUUAAAAGGUAAAACUAUGAUUAAUUAUUGAAACUUUGUGGAUGUUUUAAUAAAAAUGAUGCAAGUGAAUUGAA